AAAGAAAGAAAGGAAUAUAAAUAGUAAAAAAAAAAGUCGUAGGGUUUAUUCGCUCUCUACGGCCGGCAAUGGGGAAGACCAAGAAGCGAAAAGAUUCGAAAUCUUCCUCCACUGUUGAGGAGACUGCUCAUGUUUCUUCUUCUAGAUCUCUGAAGAAUGGUAAGAGCGUUUUGGCACCUUGUUCUGAGAGUAAAACAGAUCUGAAGAAGCAAAAGAUACACAAGGAGAAAUUUGAGGAUAAUGAUGAAGAUGAUGAGAUAAUUGUCUCGAAAAGGGAUUUCGAGAAAAUGACGAAAUCUAUCAAAGAGCUGUCUGAAACCGUGAAAAACCUACAGGAGAUUCUUUUGACAAAAGCCGAUCUACUUGAUCAGGUUUCAUUGAAGGCGAAAGAAACCCCAAUGAAAAAGGAGGAAGAGAUAGUCACUUGUGGUUUUGAUUGUAAAGAAUUCAAGGGAAACAAUUUUAAAACCAUUUUCGUUAAGGGAUUUCAACAGUUGCAACCUAGAGAUGAUAUCAAGGAGGCAUUGACUACCAUUUUCAGUUCUUUUGGAGUCGUCACAAGGGUUUUUGUUCCCAUAGAGUGUAAAACCCGUGUUCCCUUAGGAUUUGCUUUCAUUAAUCUGAGAGGUGGUGAAGACAAGGCGUUAGAACUGAAUGGAAGGCGCAUGGGAGGAAGGAAACUUGAGGUGAAGAUGGCUAGAGAGACCGAAGAAUUCUAUGCCUACCCUGGCUUUACAGGAUGUGGACGAUGUAUAACGUUUAUACGCCCUUGUUUAACCGGCCACCGGGAGGAUAUCAUAUCAUGGUUAUAGUUGUCCUUUCAGCAGGCAGGUGAGAUUCACCGACUUCCUCGUUUUUCCAGCCCCUAGCGAUGAAACACAGCUUAUAUCAGUUGUUUUUAUGGUUGCUUUGAGUUUUGUUUAUCGACCAGCUACAUCGAACUUACUUAAUUUGUAUCGCUUAAUUUAUAUAUAUUUUAUUCAAAGCUAGUAUUAUGAUUCUU